UUUACUAAACAGUUAGGAUACCCAAAUAAUAUAAUUGUCCAUGAAUAUUUUUUUAAAAAUCUUUGUUGAUUUGAUGUUAAACAAUUUAGUAUUCAAUAUAAUAUACAAUUAAUACAAAUCAAACCUCUUGGCUCUGGAUAAUGGUAAAAGUCAUGAAGGAAUAUGGUACAUUUCCUAGUGACCAGGGUUCAUCUACAGAUGAUUUGAGUCAACCACGCUCUUAUACUAAUUCAGUUGUACAUGGUAUGAUAGCAAUGGACGACGUAUCUGACAAUAACAAAAUAUGGAGAAUGCUGUUUGCCGAAUUUUUGGGCACAGCUAUUCUAUUGUUUCUUGGUUGUGGCAGCAUUAUGUGGCUUAACAGUCCAAUCGGUUCUUCGGAAAUCAUACAAAUCGCUCUGACUUUUGGUUUCACAAUAGCAACACUAGUACAGAUAUUCGGUCAGACCAGUGGAUGUCAUAUCAACCCAGCAGUCACGGUUAGCUUUUUGGUGAGCGGCCAAUGCUCAUUUUUGAAAUCUGCUCUGUACAUAGUUGCACAGUGUUUGGGGGCUAUAGCCGGUGUCUACCUACUAGAAUUUGUUACUCCAGACGCAGUAGCUAAAGGUUUAGGCAAGACAGACGUAAGUCCGCUGCUUCAACCGGGACAAGGAUUCGUCGUAGAAGCAUUCAUUACCUUUAUUCUAAUAUUGGUUAUUCACUCGGUUUGCGAUGAAGCCAGCCGAAGCAACAUCGUUACUCCGUCCAUCUCCAUAGGUCUGACCAUUGCUGCCGCCCAUCUAGCAGCGAUUAAAUACACAGGAGCUAGCAUGAAUCCAGCAAGAUCUUUGGGCCCAGCUGUUGCUCUUGGUGUAUGGUCAAAUCAUUGGGUGUACUGGGUUGGUCCUAUUGUAGGUGGCAUACUUGGAGGAACCGUCCACACUUUCGUGUUGAAACGUCAUACUGAAGAGAAAAUAUUCUUACAAUAAUGGUGUAAAAUCAGUAUGCGUGUAUACAGUCCUAGUGCUUGACGGAAUUAUGAUACCUAACUAAUCUAAUCUAAAUUUAAUAAAAUAAAAUAUAUAUAUUUUAUGAUUAUAUAAAAAUUAACCUUAUUAAAUAUUGUUACUAAUAAACCAAUUUCAAAUUAUUUUAAUUUUGUAUUCAAUUUUCUCCUCCCGAUUAAACAAAAAUUGAUAACUCGGUUUGAAUAGAUGGAACAUUUGCCCCAGAAAAUAUUCAGAAAAGUAAUUAUUCAAUGUAAACAAUUCUAUAUUCUAUUAUUCUAUAAUCAAAUAUUUAAUUCACUUUUUAUAAGAAUAAUAAAUCAAUUCAA